AUGGGUAAAAAGAAAUCAACAACAAGAAAACCAGCCAAAAAAAUAAAACAAGUUCUUGACGUUCAAUUCACUUGUUUAUUUUGUAAUCAUGAAAAAUCAGUAAUAUGUAAAUUAGAUAAAAAAAAUCUAUUAGGAGAAUUACAUUGUAAAAUAUGUGGACAAAAUUUUCAAACUUCAAUACAUAGUUUAAGUCAACCAGUUGAUGUAUAUAGUGAUUGGAUUGAUGCUUGUGAAGAUUUAGCUGAAGAAGAUAAUGGUGGGGAAGAAAGUGUGCAAGAAGAACAACAAGAUGAUGUAUUUACUGAUGAUGAAGAUGCUAAUAAUGGAAAUUCAAAUAGAAGGGAUCCUAUACUAGAUUCUGAUGAUGAGGAUGAUUACUAG